AUGACACCAGAUUUUGAGGACAAAGAGAACCUCAACUUGGGGGCCAAAGGCGCCGUUCCCCCCAAUGCCGACCUGAUCUACGUUGAUCUAAUGGAAGAAGACGAUGAAAGUGCGGAGCAGAUAGUGAUAGAUGAGGAGGACGACGAUGAAGAAGAUGAAGAUGAUCAGGAAAUGGCUGAAGACACUGAACCUGUCACUCGUCGAGCAACCGCCCCUGAUCCAAGGCUGACAGCAAUUCCAAAAGCAAAUGAGUUUGAAAAGCUAGCUAAGCGCCUCAUGAAACCCCUUCCUGAUUAUCCUGUCGCUGACGAAACUCAUCACGUUUGGACUAUAGACUCGUGGUCGAGUUUACGUGAGAAUAAGAUUAGGGGUCCUACGUUCAAGUGUGGCGGAUACGAGUGGAAUGUGCUCUUAUUCCCUCGUGGCAACAACAACACUCACAUCUCCAUCUACCUUGAGCCCCACAAAAUUCUUGACGACAAGAAUAUGAGGGCGGACGAUUGGUACGUCUGUGCUCAAUUCGCAUUGGAUAUCUGGAACCCCAGCUAUCCAGAGUGUCACCUUCCCAGCGGCUCAUUCCACAGAUUUAACAAGAAUGAAACCGACUGGGGGUUUUCCACAUUCAUCGAUCUUGGCCAGUUGAAUUCGACUCGAAGGUUUAACAAUGGCCAUGCCAUAUUGGAAAAGAACACCCUUAACAUCACUGCCUAUGUCAGGAUCAUAGAUGAUUCUUCCACUGGUGUGUUAUGGCACUCUUUUCUCGAUUACGACUCCAAGGCUAGUACUGGCUACGUCGGGCUCAGUAAUCAGGGUGCGACGUGCUACUUGAAUUCACUUCUUCAGUCAUACUACACAACCAAGAUCUUUCGCGACCUAGUUUACCAGAUCCCCACGGAAACUCACAAAAAGGGUCAGUCAGUCUCUCUAGAGUUGCAGCGUAUUUUCUACCUAUUACUGACUUCCUCAGAAGCAGUGGGAACUUUGGAGUUGACAAAGUCCUUUGGAUGGGAUUCUUCUGAAGCAUUUACACAGCAUGAUGUUCAAGAAAUGAACCGUAUAUUAAUGGAUAGACUUGAGCUGGCCAUGAAAGGAAGUGCCAUCGAUGGUUCGUUGAACGAUAUAUUUGUGGGCAAGAUGAAAUCUUACAUCAAGUGCGUAAAUGUCUCUUAUGAAUCGUCAAGAGAAGAAGACUUUUGGGAUAUUCAAUUGAACGUCAAGGGAUUCUCCAACUUGGAAGCAUCUUUUAAGAACUAUAUCGAGAUUGAAAUGCUUGAUGGAGAAAAUAAGUACCAAGCAGGCGAUGAACACGGGUACCAAGAUGCCAAAAAGGGAGUCGUUUUCCGAUCAUUCCCACCAGUUCUUCAUUUGCAAUUGAAGAGAUUCGAGUAUGACUUUAUGGUCGACGAUAUGGUGAAGAUUGACGAUUUGUACGAGUUCCCCGACUCAAUUGACUUGAAGCCAUACUUGGAUGAAGAUUUGCCUUCUGAAGUUAAAUCUCAGAACUGGACUUACAAGCUUCAUGGUGUUCUAGUACACCAAGGAAGCAUUUCUAAUGGCCACUAUUAUGCCAUGAUUAAACCCGAAGCCUCCUCAGACUCGUGGCUUCGAUUCGACGAUGAUAAAGUAUGGAAAGCAACUCAUACUCAGGUAUUCAAGGAAAACUUUGGGGCUAGUGAGUUGACGUCUCAAGAAUUCGCCAGGCUCUCCAGAGCUGACCAAAACGAAUAUCUCAUCCGCCGAGCUACAUCGGCUUAUAUGUUGGUUUACUAUCGAGAGUCGGAAUUGGAUUCAAUAUUACCAAAAGACAACGCCUCCAUUGAUAGUCACAUUCCAAAACACAUUCCAACUCAAAUCAAAGCUGAAACUGAAGAGAAAGAGCGCGUAGAGAAAGUCAGAGAGGAAGCCUCGUAUUACAUCAAUGUUAAGUGUGUGUCAGUGGACAGUUACAAUGCAUACUCAGGCUUUGAUUUAUACCCUGACCCCACUAUGCCAAAGUACUACGAUGAGUCGUUGGUGAAGCCUGAAUCUUUGCCCCACGUAUUCAAAAUGAAGAAAGAAGAUAAGAUUACCAAAGUAUACGAGAGAGUUGGGGUGCAAUUACAGUAUCUUGCAGAGGGCACGCAGAUUACUGAAGACGAGAUAGACUCUCUUCCAUUCCGCUUACUUCUUGUGAACCACCGUAAUAAUCAUACAAACAGAACGGAUACUCCAAUCCCGCCCAAGCUUCGAGACCACACGAUUAAUGCAGUAUAUGUCAAAUGUUACAAUCGUGGAUUUGACGAGAUGGUGUUGUUUGUCGAGGAAUUGAGAAAGGACCUCUUUAAUGUGGUUUCCAACAUAUCAAACAAAGACAAAAUUGAGCCUCUGAAAUUUUCAUUUGAAAAUGUGUCCAAGGAAAUCGAAAGCAGCAAGUUGGACAUUGAGAAACAGAAAUUUCAUGACAUCUUUGAUUAUUCAGCGCACAUCACCAUCUUCUUGAAAUACUAUGAUACUGCGUCGAAUAAUUUGUACGGGUUGACUCAUGUGACUGUCGAGAAACAGGCAAAAAUCGAUUCACUCACUUCUUACAUUAAUUCACUUCUUGGGUUCGAAGAAGACAACCAUCUUGAAUACUUUGAAGAAUUGUCUCAGUUGAAGAUUGAACCGGUGGACCAGCUGUUGUCUUUUGAGAAACAUGAGCUCAGUAAUGGUGACAUACUCGCCGUUCAAUCUUUGUCAGAGGAAAAGAAAAACGUACAAGAAUUUUAUAACUUUUUGCUUACCAGACUCCACAUCAAAGUGAGUCCGUUCAAAGCUGAAAAAGAAGAGGAAGACAGCGACUACGUAGCUGAUAACCUGGAUAGCGAAGUUCAAAAGUCGUCUGUGAAACCUACUGAUAAUCAGACUUUUGAUUUUUGGGUGUCAACCCAAUACAGUUACGAUGACUUAGCAAAGAAGAUUGCACAGCAUUUGGGCCCUGAUGUUGAUGCUGAAUACUUGAGGUUGUUCAUCGUGAACUACCAGGGAGUCAGAUACCCAUUGAAAUCUAGCCAUCAUUUGUCACAAUUCUUUUCGAGGCUGGUUCCGCUUUCGCAGAUCACUAAUUUCGAGUAUGAAGUGCUUAAUAUCAAACUUAAGGAAUACGAGAACAUGCGGUCGAUAAAGGUAAAUUGGGUAACUUCUUUGGUCCUGGCACAGUUGUACGAUUUGUUGAUACCUAAGACAGGUUUAGUAUCUGACCUCAUUAAGAAAUUGAUUCACAAGGCAGGGGUGAAGGAGGAGGUUGUACAUGAUAUGUUGGUGUGGACAGGACAAGAUCACAAGUAUGUCGAUUUGGUUCGAUUUGAUCGCAAGAUCGACACCUUACCGGAUAACGUUGACAUUUACGCAGGGAUCUUUCCAGCAGAGGUUCAGAUAUUGUUGGAGUUUGACAUGAUCAAACGGUUCAAAGAAGUGCCGGGCAAUGUCAAUGACAUUUUGGAUGAAAGUACGAAAACAGAAUUGAAGCUUGCCCAAGGGUCGGCCAAGAAAUUGAAUAUGAUUCCUGCUUUUCACUUUCACAGAAACAGCACAUAUCAUCAUGGUAUCCCAUUUAUUUUCCCAGUCUACCCUGACGAAAAGUUUGCCCGAACUGCAGAGCGAUUAAGGAAGCGUCUUGGGGUAAGUCCGCAAGCGUUCAGCAAGAUCAAGAUUGCCUUAGCUGAUGCGAAUGAUAAGGGUCGCUAUCUAAACACCGAGAGUGAAUCAUUGAACUUGUUUGAUGAAAUAUUGAAUUGUGAUGCGUCAAUGUCGCUAGCUCUCGAUCACUAUGACCGAUCUCCCAAGAGAGGUGCUGCUUAUGAUAAGGGCAUUUCCAUCAAAUAA